CAUUCAGCUUCAUUGAUAAUUCGUCAACAAGAACCAGAAGCAAACCCUACCUACUCUCACCACCACCACCACCACCACACAGAGAAAGAAGAGAUUUUGCAGAAGAGAAAUGAAGGGAGGAGAGAUUGAGUUACCUCCAGGUUUCAGAUUUCACCCCACUGAUGAUGAAUUGGUCAAUCACUACCUUUGCAGGAAAUGUGCAAACCAGCCUCUCGCAGUACCUAUCAUUGCCGAAAUCGAUCUCUACAAGUUCGAUCCCUGGCAACUUCCAGGGGUUGCGCUGUACGGAGAAAAGGAGUGGUACUUCUUCUCGCCAAGAGACCGGAAAUAUCCGAACGGGAGUAGGCCGAACCGGGCGGCUGGAACCGGUUACUGGAAAGCAACAGGGGCGGAUAAACCGAUUGGGAAACCCAACACAUUGGGCAUCAAGAAGGCACUCGUCUUCUACGCGGGAAAGGCACCAAGAGGCAUCAAAACCAAUUGGAUCAUGCACGAGUAUCGCCUCGCUAAUGUUGAUAGAUCUGCUGGCAAAAGAAACAACUUGAGGCUUGAUGAUUGGGUAUUGUGUAGAAUAUACAACAAGAAAGGAAGAAUAGAGAAGCACGAUUCUUUAAGCUACCCAGAAGCGGUUGAGCAGAAGCCAAACAUUCUGGGUUCAGUCCACAACAUGGUCCGUCCAGUAGACCACAUGGAAGCCUCUGAUUCCAUACCCAGGUUGCACACUGAGUCCAGCAGCUCGGACCAGGUGGUGUCUCCAGAGAUGAGAUGUGAGAGAGAGGUUCAGAGCCAUCCCAAAUGGGAAGACUUGGGUUCAUUGGAUUUUCAAUUCAAUUACUUGGAUGGGUUUCAAGAUGACCCUUUUGGGAGUCAGGUCAACUUCCCUGUUGAUCAAAUAUCCCCAUUUCAGGACAUGUUCAUGCUCCUACACAAGCCAUUUUAAAGCUCAUUGCCCUUACUCACACGCCCCUAAAACAUUAAUAUAUAUAUAUAUAUAUAAAAAAAAAACAUUUGGGUAGCUAGCCCAUCACAUUCUUAUAUAUCUGAAGUAUAUAGACAUAUUGUAGAAUCCAUAGGAGAUUCAAUGGUCGGUGGGGAAGAAGAAAGAUUGUGUAUCAGAUGCGGACUGGUGUAUGAUAACAUGGCUGCAGUUUGACUAUAAUUGGUCGACCUGAGCCGCUGGCGAAAUCCGACGGUAGAUGAUGAUGUUAAUAUGUGAUGUAAUGUUAGACUAGGGAAUUCUUUAGUGGAAGAAAAUUUUUUCAUUUAUACCACAAAAAGCAUAAUGCAAAAAGCAAAAGCUGAAGCUGGAAUUCUCAGUCAAACUUUUUGUUUUUCUUUUCUGUAAAUUGUGAUGUGGAUGGGGGGAUUAACAUGGACAGAGGUCAACGUCUGAUUUAGAUAGGAUCACAGCAUUAGAUGAGGACUUUUUGUUAGUUCUCAAAGCGAAUUAAUUAUGUAUGUCAAAUGUAAAUUCUCUUAAUUGUAUGUAGCAUUUGAGCAACACAUUACAGUGGAA